UAAAUUUUGUAGGUUUCACCUUCCAAAACCCAACCAUCUUCAAUAAAGUAGAGAUUUCACCAUAUUUUGUUGUUGGGUUUUUGACAAUUAUUGUUUUUAUUUUUAUUAUUUUCUUUCUAUCUUUCUUUCUGUUUGUUUCAAGCUGUAAUUUGGUAGAAGGAGGUAGCAGUACUAGUGAGUCCUAUGCUAGGGGACUCAUCAGGUGUCCUAGCACCACCACCACUAACCUCAGGCGGCGAGAAUCAGCCUCCGUUAACCGCCACCACAUCCCACCAUGACGGUCUCGAAGACAAGGCAGGUGACCGGAGUAAUUAUGGCGGUCACAGGUGGCCUAGGCAAGAAACUCUAGCUCUUCUGAGAAUAAGGUCCGACAUGGACUUGGCCUUUCGCGAGGCCAGCGCCAAAGGCCCUUUGUGGGACGAGGUUUCCAGAAAGCUAGCGGAGCUUGGUUAUAAUCGAAGUGGCAAGAAGUGCAAGGAGAAAUUCGAGAACGUGUACAAAUACCACAAGAGAACCAAAGAAGGCCGAUCUGCUAAAUCUGAAACCAAAGCCUAUCGAUUCUUCGAUCAAUUGCAAGUUCUCGAAAAUCACCAAUCCAAACCUCGAAUCCCAGAAUCGCCAAUGUCAGUAACCAAUAUUCCACCUCUAAUCUCUCAAAUCACUGUUCCAUCAACAACUCAUGUGUCUGCAAAUCAAGCUACGAAUUUCACAAAUAUCACUUCAUUUCUGCCGGCGAACCCCCCUCUCGCACCGCCGCCUAUGAAUCCGUUGGAGACCAAUGUGGCCGCUUCUUUCCCCAACAUUUCUGGGGAUCUGAUUUCGAAUUCGACCUCUUCUUCGACCUCCUCGGAUGUGGAGCUGGAAGGGAGACGAGGGAAUAGGAAGAGGAAAUGGACCGAUUUCUUCGAGAGGCUAAUGAAGGGAGUGAUGGAGAAGCAAGAGGAGUUGCAGAAGAAAUUCUUGGAAGCGCUGGACAAACGCGAGCAAGAAAGACUGGUGAGAGAAGAAGCUUGGAGACUACAAGAAAUGGCGAGAAUCAAUAGAGAACGAGAAAUUUUAGCCCACGAAAGGUCUAUCGCCGCCUCCAAGGACGCUGCAGUGAUGUCGUUUUUGCAAAAAAUCGCCAAACAGCAAGAACAAAUUCCAGGUCAGCCACAAAGUACUCAACCAGCACCUUUACCCGUACCAAUGCCAGCACCGCCGCCGGUAGCAUUACCAAUUGUGCCGAAUCGGGAAACAUCGAGAAGGGAUAACAAUGGAGAGAGUAAUUUCGUACCGACAAGUUCUUCAAGAUGGCCUAAAGUGGAAGUAGAUGCAUUGAUUGGAAUACGAACCAGUCUUGACUCAAAGUAUCAAGACAAUGGUCCAAAAGGGCCGUUGUGGGAGGAAAUCUCGGCGGAGAUGAGAAAAAUCGGAUACAAUCGGAGCUCGAAGAGAUGCAAGGAGAAAUGGGAGAACAUAAACAAGUACUUCAAGAAGGUUAAAGACAGCAACAAGAGAAGGCCUGAGGACUCCAAAACUUGUCCCUAUUUUUCCCAACUUGAUGCUUUGUACAGGGAAAAGAAGAACAAAUCACAAGUUGUUGAUCAUAAUUUGUCCAAUGAUCAAUCGGGUACGAUGCCACAAAACGCGGUGCCAUUGAUGGUACUACCGGAGCAGCAAUGGCCUCCUCCUCCGCAACAAGAUUUGGUCACAGAAGAUGCGGAGAGCGACCAAAAUCAAGACGAGGAGGACGAUGAGAACGAGGCAGACGACGGAGGUGAUCACUUUAGGAUUUGCAGUCAAUAAACCACAAACUUCAAUCGGCGGAAAUACUUAUACAGGCGAGUAGUGACAAGUAUUCCGGCAGCCGUCUAUUUUAAUUUAUAGGGCAAGCAAGGUCACAGCAUAGAAGGUGUAACACAACAUAGUCAGUAAUCAGCACUUUGGUUUCAUAUAUAAUAUAUACAUAUAUAUAUAUAUAUGUCUACUAAUUAUUUAUUUUGGCAAAAAAUAAUAAGUUCCAAGUUCCAAUAAAUAGAGACAAUGAUUUUUUAAAAAUGUUUCAUGAGGGUUGUAAAUGGAGAAAAAAAAAUAGGUAUGUUU